AUGGGUGUCGAGAGAAAGAUUAUCACUCGUGGCAACGGCACUGACUCGCCUGUUUCGGGUGACAAGGUCGCUAUCCACUACUCGGGAUGGCUCUACGACGCUAAGAAGUCCAACAAGGGCUUCCAGGGCAAGCAAUUCGACAGCUCCAGAACCCCCGGCCGUGGCCCUUUGACUGUUCAGAUUGGUGUUGGACAGGUCAUCAAGGGUUGGGAUGAGGGUGUUUUGCAGAUGACCCUAGGAGAGAAGGCAACCCUGAUCAUUUCCCCGGACUAUGGCUACGGUGACAAGGCAGCUGGCAAGAUUCCCGCAGGCUCGACUCUUAUCUUCGAGGUUGAGCUCCUUAAGAUCAACAACAAGAGCGCCUAA